GAAGAACGUUUGAGAGAAUCUGCAAGUAUAGGAGAUAUUGACACUGUAAACCGUUUAUGUGACAUUACAGACAUAAACUCUAAAAAUAGUAUAAAUGGAUGGACUGCGCUACACUGGGCAGCUAAAAGAAACCACCCGAAAAUUGUCGAUUUGUUGCUUCAGAAAGGUGCCGACAAAACGAUUGCAAAUAAUAAGGGGGAAACAGCACAACAGUUAACUAAAAAUGUAGAAGUUUUGGAACUAUUUGGAAUAAGUGAACACGACAAUUUAAAAGAAAGGGUCAAUGAAUUACCAAUUACCCCAAAUUACUUGGCAAAUCCACAAUUCCCAUAUGUUCAAAACAAUUCUGUUCCUAACCCAAAUGCAAAUGUUUCAAGAAACGCAGGCUCAAUAGGCCUAUCUAAUCCCGUAAGAAGCAGUAGUAGUGUGGUGUCAUCUGCUACAAAUGGUUAUGAUGGUGACCUUGUUUUGAAGGCAAGAGUGGCCAAUAUGGAAGAAACAGAUUUUAUUGAGGUAGAAUUUGACAAACAGAAAUUUACAUUUUCAGAAUUGAUUCAGUUACUGUGUGCAGAAUUGAAUGUUGAUCCAAAACUAGUUCACAAAGUUAGAAAAUUACCCAAUACUAUUAUUCGUAAUGAUAGGGAUGUGUACAGACUUGUGAACUUUCAAGAAAUUGAACUUGUCCUCAGUAAUAAACUUAAAAGUGCUCUGCCU